AGGUGCUUCGUGAAAACGAGGUUAGGCUAAGCAGAUCUGUUGUUCGCCUUCGCGAUUCGCGAACCGUCUUUAAGGCAAGGUUGCCUGUAUUUGUACGGGUCAAGGAGCUUCAAGUUAUUGCAAAAUCCAUGACAACAGAAGAGCAAUACGACAAUGUCGUCUGCCCUACGGAAGACGAGCUCAUCAACCAUAAAAUUUGUGAGGGUAAACUAUGCCCUGUCAUCGAAUGUGGAAAAUCCAUAAAGAAUCCGAGUGCCAUGAGAAUGCACUUGGCCCAAACCCAUGGCAUUGGAGCUGAAAAUGUCCUUCAGACUUUCAACAAAGCAUUUAUCGUCGCAAAUCAAACUACGAAAUCACUGUAUGCAUGUCCCGUAUUUACAUGUAGCCGAACGUAUGGAUCAGGAAGAUAUUUCAAAGCGCUGAGUACUCUGCGUGAGCAUUACUUAUCUAUGCAUGCUGAGAAAAAGCAUAUCUGUCAGAAAUGUGGUGCUAGAUUUGGAAACCCAAGAAGACUACAGCUGCAUUCUAAGAACUGCAAAACAAUUUUCUAUUGCACAUGUGGCUGUCCAUUCAAAAAACGUGAAGCACUUUUAGAGCAUACAAUGAGGAGCCAACAUGAGCUGCCCGAAGAUAUCAAACAAGAAAUAUUGAAAAAGAAUAGGUCGAAUGCAAGAAAGGAUAAAGUCAUUGAAAGAUCUGCAUACCAUUCCAAAGUUGGAUGUUUAGAACAGCCUUCCUUUAAUGCAAAGGAUCUCCAAAGCCCUGAUGACCAAAUCUUGAAUACCAAACAACUAAUCGUAGUCCCACAGCAUUUUUCCAACAAUGAUGUCAUCAAACCAAAUGCAUUCCUUAUUGUGUCAUGUCAAGAUGUUGGUAAUUCUUCUACAAAUAGUGGUGCUAGUAUACCGAGUCAGAGUGUUCAAAUGCCCUUCAAAAUUGUACAAAGCAAAAGUUUUCCAGCUGUUAAUGUGACCACUUUCAGUGCAGCACCCAACCGCCUUGAUGUUGCAUUCAGAAGUACAGACAGUUAUAGAUCAAACAAUACUGGGGACUUUGCUUUUAGCAGAGAUGGUUCAGUGCGUAAUGGCAAUGACAACUUUGGUCAAAGGCUGCAAACCGAGAUUAUGUCACAGGGUUCUGUACCUCUGUCUGCCGGAUUCGAUGAAGCAACAAAUCGCAGAAAUGCUAAAGAAGAUUAUGCUCCAAGUGUUGUUCCCAUCAAACCAAGCCUUGCAGUUUCAAAGAAUGAUAUCACGGAAAGAAAUAAGCGUGUGGACGAAGCUAUGAAGCAAUAUAUUCCAAUUAAAAGGAAGAGCCCGUUAGACCCUGUCGUGUCUGAUUGGCACUGCAGUGUUCCAAGAAGAAAGUACAAGAAGAGGAAGCGAACUGUUCAAGGGAAGACUAGCAGUGGAUCAGAUGCGAUGGGCACGAGUAAUAACGAUGAGUCAUCGGUUUCAUCGAUGCAAGACUGCUUGCAAAAGGCAUCAAAUUUCGUUAAGAACAUGCUACCAAAAAUGAAAUCGCCGAAAAGAAGAGAGUCUCCUGAUCAUGGCGAGCCUCUGCUGAAACUGCCACCUAAGACUGGAAACAAAAGCCCAGGUCAUUACGAAACUUCAUCACAUGUAACUCCUGAACGAUCAGACCAUGUCAAUGUUGCAAACUGCCUAAUGAUCGCAAAACAAAAGACGUAUGAAAAUGGUUUUAUGAGGAGUAGAGUCGACAGUAAUGUUGUGGAAGACAACCCUGGUGGUGCGGAACAAAGCUCCUCAAGAGCUAUUCCAUAUAGGGAGGAACUGAACGAGGAAAUGGCCCAAUCUCCGAAUGUUACUGUUUCGCAAGCCAACGGGCGACAAGGCCUUUUUACAAGUGACACCCAAACCAAUGAAAAUGAAUUCAACCUCGACAACCUUUCUCCUGACAUGCUCUUUGAUAUCGAGACACAAACUGAAGACUUCAGCAAUUUUUUUUCCGAUGCUUUCACACAAACGAUUCAAAAAUCUGCCCAACUCGCUGUCGCUUCUAGUCAAAGCGUUUCUGGUGAAAACGAGCAAGAAGAUCUUGAAAACACAGCAGCGUGCUGGGUGAAUAAUAACCAAACACAAACAGAUGACAUUAGCCAGCUCAUAGUCGAUGCCUUCACUCAAACGAGGAUAGAUCUGGAGGAGAAUGACUCGUUUGCAAUCAAAUCUGUCCAGAAUAGCAUGUCUGAUAACCAUACACAAACUAUCCUGUCCUCAGACAAUUUCUUUAAGAACUUCAACUUCGGUACCGAUGAUGAGACUCUUGAUUCUGCGCUGAUGCCUGAUUUAAUUGAUAUUUGUACACAGACAGCACCUGACCCGAGCUUCGAUGAACUACUUGCGCUUUGCUCUGCGGAGGUACAGACAGACAAUGCUUCUACGUCAAUGUAGUUUGAAUACUUGCGGGUGCCACCCUUUAAUAAUGCCAGGAAUUAUUUGGAUUAAGCUCUAAAAAAUGCAUUAAAUCAUACUAACAAUAUGUCUGACACAUUAAAAAAAUAUAUUUAUUAUAAAUUGUCUAUGAAAAUUAAAUUCGGCAACUUUUAUUCAUUUGAUAUAAUGCUUCGAAUGGAAUUAUAUUCUAUAUUUUUAACUCUUUCAAAUAACUAAUUAAUACAGUUUUAUCCUGUGUGUGCUAAGAUUGGUUUAAACGACAAUACUACGGAAGGUUUCUCUUUUUCAUAUGGAGAGAGUUUCCCUGGCAUUUGCCUGGUGAAGCCGGAACCUUGUCAGGUCUGGGAAGUCAUCAUUGAGAUUUCAAAUGCAGAUUUUUUCCUACCUUCCCGGGAUAACUAUUAAGCCAUUUUGAAUGAUAAUUGUGGAACUCGGUUGAGCUCAGGCGAGAUCUUGGCUAGCCGAAAAAAUUGUUUUCUCGAGUGAACACUUUUGUUUUUUUGUGUGAAGUAUAGUUGUUUGGGGCCAGAUUUCGGCCUAACAGGAUUCCAGCUUCACCCGUGAAGUGCUGGGGAAAUUUUCUCUAUAUGAACAGGCUCUUUCUUAGUCACUUAGAUCUCCGGUGUGGUUGGCCUAUCUCUCGCUCUCUCCAUUUCCUUUCAAAAUAGUAAAUACUGCUUUUUAUUCGUUGAAUUCCUGUAAUCUGUUGUGAGUACUUGAUUCAGUCAUUGAGGGGUCAGUUAUAUUCAGUUCAAUUUUUAUAACAGCCUUUAUUUCCCAAUUGAAACGUGGGUAGAGGCGGAAUUUUCGCUGUAACACCCUCGCGUAUCCCCAAUCAUCUUUAAAAACAUGCAAUGGCUAGUGUGAGACCUUCAUGUUAGCCAAUCAACAUCUUUUCCCUGUGAUUUGUCAAUUUUUAAAUUAAUGAUAAGUUGAAACUAAAACACCCUCCCCAUUUUUAAGUACAAUAACUCUCUCCCGUACUAAGCGGCUCUCCGUCACUGAAUGAAGAUGCUUUUGUCGUAUUUUUAAGUUUGCUGAAAACAUAGCUUUCUACUUUUGCUUUAUUUCAUCCUUUAUUUCGUGCAGUAAUUAUCCCGUUGUUCACGCUUUGUAACCGACAAAGAAUUGAAAUUUAGAAAUAUGUAAGAUAAUUUUUUGUCAUUCUUCUUUCCGUUAUGAAA